AUGGGCAAUGAAAUUAAUGUCGUCGGCGAGGCUGACACUCCGUCGAUUGAGUCUCCUAUCAAGGGCCAGACAGUGACAAAAGAAUACGCCGAUGUGACUCUUCGUCUUAUCGAGGAGCAUGGAGAUAGUGUUGAACCUCUCUCUCCUGAACAAGAGAGAAGAGUCCGAAGAAAGCUGUACUUACCAUUGGUGGGACUACUCUCAACAAUCAACAUCAUGCUCUUUAUUGAUAUAUCCACUUUAGGCUAUGCAGCAAUUCUUGGACUUUUCGAAGAGACGGGCAUUUCGCAAGCUCAGUACAAUAACUUGAAUACCAUGUUCUACGUUGGAUAUCUUUCGUUCUUGUGGCCGGGCCACUACCUCAUACAACGUCUGCCCUUCAGCAAAUUCAUCGCGGGCAUCAUCUUCACCUGGUCGGUCGUCAUCUUCCUCCACUGUGUCGCAACCCGAUAUGCAGGACUCAUUGUACUGCGACUUGCCUUAGGCGCAGCAGAAGGCGUGGUUGUUCCAGCGUUAGAAAUGACCAUUGGCAUGUUCUUCAAUCGAGCAGAACAAUCCUUUUUGCAACCCAUUCUUUGGAUCACUUGUCAAGGCGCGCCGAUUGUUACGGGUUUCAUCGCUUAUGGACUCCUCUGGACUACUGGACCCGUUCUACCCUGGAAGCUGCUCCAUGUCGUUACUGGCGGUAUCACUUUCAUCCUCUCCAUCUGGGUCUGGUUCGAUUACCCCAGUAACCCUGCUGAAGCUCGGUUCUUGACGCUUCAAGAGAAGGUUCACGUCAUCAAAAGUGUUCAGCAAUCACAGCAAAGCUCGAUUGAGCAAAAGCAAUUCAAGAGAGCACAGUUCGUUGAGACGUUGAAAGAUCCAGUUUCUUGGCUGUUCACGCUGCAAGCCUUCACGCUCAUGUACUGCAACAACCUGACCUACGGUCAAAAGAACCUUCUCGUCACAUCUCUUGGAGUCAGUCCACUUGAAUCCACUCUUGUCGCAGUCGCUGGAGGUGCCUUUGGCAUUAUCGACUGCAUCAUCGCAGCAUUUGCGCUUCGUAAAUACCCCAAGAACUUUGCUUUGCACUGCACCCUUUGGUGCUUGCCUGCAGUUGCUGGUGGUAUAGGAAUGGUGACAGUACCCUGGGACCGGACCAUCGGUCUCCUUGCCUGCAUGUUCUUGGCUGCCCAUACCUACGGCGUUGCGUACAUCAUAGCUCUUGGAUGGACCAACUCUUCAGCUGCGGGCUAUACAAAAAAGUUUACUAGGAAUGUCAUGUUUAUGAUUGGCUAUAGUGCUGGAAACCUGGUAUCACCCCAGAUAUGGGUUGCGUCAGCUAAACCAAGAUUCUAUGGAGCUUGGUCCUCGAUGAUUGUAGUCAGUUGGUUCGGAACGCCUGUUAUUUUGUGGGUGAUUCACUUCAUCCUUGCUCGCAGGAACAAGAUUCGAAAGCAGAGGAUUGAUGCGGUUGGUGAAAACGCUGGUUAUCACUACGUCGAACAGCUUGACGAGAGAGGCCAAUUAGUCAAGGUCAAGGUUGAAGUUGCUAUGCUGGAUUUGACGGAUUUGGACAACGAGGGCUUCAUCUAUCCAUUAUAG